UCUUCUGUGGAAAUCUCCUAAUAACGACUUGACAUUACUUACAUAAAUGUGUAUGCCAUCAGAUCUGAUAUGCCUGGGCUAACUAUGCUGUGGGGUCGAGCAAUCUGCCAGAGAUGUUGGAAGCUACGGCAUCCUCCUGUACGUUUUCUCACCUCGCACAUGAUAGGAGAGACGGACAGAUUUAACGGAAUCACAGUGGACGUGAAGCAGGUGUCUGUGUCGUUACCAGAUGAAGAAUUUCAUAGUUUAUUACACAACUCUCUUCAGGUAUGGCGAUCAAAAGAAAUUAAUGCAGCAUGGUUAAAAAUACCCAUACAAUAUGGAAGAUUUAUACCAAUUGCUGCCAAACUCGGCUUUCAAUUCCAUCAUGCUGAAGAAAACAACUGCCUGCUGAAACUCUGGAUGAAAGAAAAUGGCGAAGACAAAACUCCCCGCUUUGCUACUCAUCAAGUUGGAGUUGCAGGAUUUGUAUUUCGGGAAGAUACACAGUCGGUGUUGGUGGUGAAGGAUCGAAAGAGUAAAUUUUCAUAUUGGAAGUUCGCGGGAGGACUGUCAGAUUUAGGAGAAGAUAUUGGUGACACAGCCGUUAGAGAGGUUUUUGAAGAGACAGGAGUAAAAACAGAGUUUCAGUCUGUGAUGUCAGUUCGACAGCAACACAACCAACCUGGUGCCUUUGGCCGCUCAGACUUUUUCUUUGUCUGUCGCAUGAGGCCACUGUCAUACGACAUCAACCCUUGUAACGAAGAAAUAAGUGCAUGUCAGUGGAUGAAUAUUCAGGAGCUACACGAGGGUUCCAAAUCAGUGGCACCAAUCACAAGACGUAUCCUCGACCUAGCGUUGUACGGACUCAAGGAGGGUUUCCACAAUGUAGAUCUGUACGCUGAAGAUAUGGAAUCUAUAUAUAGGGGCCUUAGGUACAAAUUAUACCAUAGGCCCUUUCACAUAUAACUGUAACUGUUUAUUUUCUUAAGAAUUAAUUUGUAUUUUGUUCAUGUGUUGAUUUUCACUUAUUGAUCAAUUGUAUAGCUGUGAUUUGUAUUAUUGGGUAAUUAAAUCUUAUUCAUUGAUUCAGAAAUUGACACUUAACUGAUUUUCAUGUGUGAUAUGUCGGGGGGAAAAAAACCUUAGGAAAUGAGUGUCUGAUUAUACAUGUAUUUUGAGGAAAUUAUGGUGCUCCAAGUUGCUGUGAUAUUAAGUUUUUACCUCACAAUUUGAUAAUAUCAGUGAUUAUAAUUUGAUAAUUCUUGAUUAUUUUGCUGCUAAUAAUAUUUUCAAAGCUUUUAUUAGUUUGAUGAAAAUAUUCCUUAAUUAAAAAAAAAAAAAGUUUCUAUUUUCAUUUUCAAAUAUUAUUCCUUUGUCCUUGAGACUUAAAUGUUUUUUUUAUAUAAGAUAUAUGCUAUGAAAGUAAGUGGAAAUUGCUAUCAAUAGGCUAUCCGUUUUUCAAAAUAAAGAUGGACUGAAUAAUCCAAUGUUCUAAACAAGAGCAAAAUUACUAAUGUAUAAAAAAAACACAUUUAAGCCAUCGUUCAUUAAAAUUAAAAUAAUGAGAUGUUUAUGAUAGACAGCAGUGAAUAAUCACCUACAUGUAAUGAUACAACGAAAUUGACAUCAAACUAGCCAGAAGCCAAACUUAAGGGACUGGCCAGUCUGUCAUCAGUAUACUGUGACUUAAUGGGGUGUCAUGCUGCUGUCUCCAAGUGUGGUAUUUCAUUGUGAUAGCACUACAAAAAAUUCCAUUCUUGGCCCUGUCAUUAUUGGCCUUCAUAUUAACUUAGCUGAUGUUUGGAGUAUAAAACCCUUACAAAAGUAUGUUGUGCUCAACAAUAUACAUCCAAACAAUUAUGUUAGAGUUGUAUCUCAUUCGCUCACAUUCAGCAAUCACUGUGAAUGUUUUUAUGUACACCAAUUGUUUUGUUGUUUGUUCUGUUGUAGUCGAGGAGCCUUGGACAUAGGUCAAGUCUGUAGUCAAGCCGAUUGAGUUAUAGGUCCAGUUUGUGGUCAAGGAUAUUUGGAAAUAGGAAAAUGUGUAGUCGAGGAGCUUUGAUCAUAGGUCAAGAUUGUAGUCAGGGGAACUUUGGUUAUUGUUAUAGCUGUCAAAAAAUGAUCAUAGGUGUCAUCGGUCAAAAUUUGUAGUCUAGGAUAUUUAGUCAUUGGUCAAGUUUCUGGCCAUAGAGCUUUGUUAUGGUUGAAGUGUGUGGCCAAAGAGCUUUGUUUAUGGGUCAAGGUUGUUGUUAAGCAGCUUUGGUGUUAGAUCAAGGUUACAUUCAGUGAGCUUUAGUCUUUGAUCAAGGCUGUUGUCAAGCAAGUUUGAUCAUGGUUCAAGUUUGUAGUCAAGGAGCUUUGAUCUUAGAUCAAGGUUUUACCCGUAGUCAAUUAGGUCAGGGGUCAAGUGAUGACUUGUCUCUCCUCUAUCCAUGUGACCCCUAUGAACUAUGAUGUAGUUGAUAAGAUCCGUCUGAAAUCUGUUGUGUUGGUUACUUAAAAUGAAACUAUGCUUUAACGUGUUAGAUUCAUUAAAAUUGAUAUCCUUUUGAAAUAUCAGUACUAUCUUUGGGAAUUUAGUGUUAACCUUGUAUUGAGCAAAUAUUUUUGAUAUUAACAGUUAUUUGCACAUAUGUCAAUAUAUAUAUAUGCUAUACAGAACGAUUCUGACAUACUGUUGAUAUUUAAAAAUAUAUUGAAAUGUUGCCACACGGAAUAAAACAAAUAUUCAGUAC